AUGGUUGAGUCUAAUAGUUCAGGGCAGGUUUCUUGGGAUGAAGUAUGUAGGCCUAAAGCUGAGGGAGGUCUAGGCUUUAGGAGGAUCAAGGAAUGGAAUGAAGCAGCUAUUGGUAAGUAUGUAUGGGUAGUGGCUUCGAAAAAAGACUCUUUAUGGGUUCGAUGGAUACAUGCUGUGUAUAUUGGUGAUGGAGACUGGUGGGACUAUAAAGCUUCGAAUGGCAGUAGUUGGUAUUGGAAGCAAAUUGUUAAAGUUAAAGAGAAGUACAAGGAACUUAACUUGACUCGUCUAUGUUCUAAUGGGGUUUAUAGGAUAGCUGAGGGCUACAAAGCUCUUGUUCUCACUCAUCAAAAGGUCUCAUGGCAUAGGGAAGUUUGGAAUAGAACCAUCAUACCAAAGCAUAGAUUUAUCUUAUGGCUUGCGGUUCUAGAUAGGUUACAACUGAAAGAUAGACUGUUUCGUUUCAACAUAACAACUGAUUACCUCUGUCUUUUAUGUGGUAGUAACAAGGAAACAAGAGAACAUGUAUUUUUUUACUGUUAUUUGAGCUCUUCUUGCCUGAGGCAAAUCAAGAGCUGGCUAGGAUGGCAGACGGCAGCUACCACUACACAUAACUUGUUGCGGUGGAUUGCUAAGGCCAGAUUAACUCAUUUCAGGAAACAAGUCUUUAUUGUGACCCUGGCAGCUUUGAUAUACUAG